UCAUACCUCUCUAAACUUCAACACUCCCAAAUAAUUUUUUUAAAUUCAUUACCUUCUUCAAAUAAUUUUUUUAAAUUCAUUACCUUCUUCAAAUAAAUAUUUUGACGAAUUUUUUUUAUUCUUGUAGUAAUAGAGCAAGAAUUAACAAUGGUAGUACCAUCUUCAAAUAUUCCAAUAAUGCGUGCUAGAAAAACCAAGGCAGUUGGAAUUCCGACAAUUGAUCUUUCGCUUAAUAAAUCGACUGUGUCUGAAUUAAUUUUACGAGCCUGCGAAGAUUAUGGAUUCUUCAAAGUUGUUAAUCAUGGCGUUAGUAAUACAGUAGUUGAGAGAUUAGAACAAGAGGGUGUUGAUUUUUUUGGAAAAUCGGUUCAAGAAAAGCAAAAAGCUGGUCCUGCUAAUCCUUUUGGAUAUGGCUGUAAGAACAUUGGAAGUAAUGGCGACAAAGGCGAGCUUGAAUAUCUUCUUCUUCACACGAAUCCUGUCUCCGUUUCCGACCGAUCCAAAACGAUCUCUGAUAACCCUGCGAAAUUCAGUUGUGCUGUGAAUGAUUAUAUAGAAGAUGUAAGAGAGUUGGCCUGUGAAAUUCUUGAUCUGCUAGGAGAAGGACUAUGGAUGGAAGAUAAGUUCGUCUUCAGUCGGUUAAUCAGAGCCGUCCAUAGUGACUCGGUGCUUAGGCUAAAUCACUAUCCAUCGGCUGUCAAAGAGGUCAAAGAUUGGGACCCAUCACCAAAAAGAAUUGGAUUUGGAGAGCAUUCUGACCCUCAGAUAUUGACCAUCUUGCGAUCCAACGACGUGGCUGGCCUCCAAAUCUGCUUGCAUGACGGUUUGUGGGUCCCUGUCCCACCUGACCCCACUGGAUUCUUCUUGAUUGUUGGUGAUGCAUUACAGGUGUUAACAAAUGGGCGUGUGAGGAGCGUGAGACAUAGGGCGUUUGCGAACUCAGUUAAGCCAAGAAUGUCAACAAUGUACUUCGGAGCACCACCGGAAGAUGCAUGUAUAUCACCUCUACCGGAGAUGGUAUCACCGGAAAAUCCGACUAAAUAUAAACCCUUCACUUGGGGUGAAUAUAAGAAAGCUGCAUAUUCUUUGCGGUUGGGAGAUUCCAGGCUUGAUUUCUUCACAAUUCAUUCCGGUAAUUCUAACAUUGAUUCAUGAUCGGAAUAACUAAUUGACCUAAUUAACUAGUUGUUACUUACAGUCCAAGUUUCAUCUCCACCGCCUAAUUAAUGCACAAAGGAAUUUAAAUUCUUUUUGUAGCUGUAAAUUAUAGGCCAAUAUGAUGUUGAUUAUUGGAAGUUUUUCUUUUUUAUUUCAGCCCAUUUGUAAAAGAUGUGGCAUCUUAUUAUAAAUGUAAGCAACACAUGUGUAAGUUUUAGCUUAGCCUAAGAAAUUUGUGAAGAAAAAGAUAUGUAUAAGUUAGCAAAAAAAACAAUAUAUGUAGUGUGAUGUUAUUUUUGUAUUUUUUAAUAUUAGCUAAAAUAUAGUUCUCUAGUUGCUGUAAUUUAUUGUUGUUUUGUUAUAAUACGAAAAUUAAAUAGAAUUAUUAAGUUGAAAGUUGUAA